UGCGCGAAAUCGGCGGCUUUUGUUCGAGCGUGUCCCUCGUCAGUGCGGUUUGGCGACGCUUUUGGUGUCCCGUUUUUCGACGUGCGGACGUGCCUCAAAUCCAACAAGCAAAAAAAAAGGCAAGUGAAGCCGGAUCCCGCAGCCCGCCGGAUCGCGCAGCCUCUUUGGACCGAUCCGACCAACCGUGCGCGAUAAAUAAUCUUCGCCCAGUUCGCCCUUCUGCGUCUUGGCGAUAAAAGAAGGGGAACAAAACUCAUCAACCACAACCUUCGGCUGUUCGAUAUCCAUUCCAGAAGUGCCCAUUCACACAGCAUGACAGAUCCAAAGGGUGGCGGUGGCGGUGGCGGCGGUGCUGCAAAUGACGUGGAAAUGAAUGCCCUGCCGCGCAAUCAGUCAGUGAACCGGUUCCAGGUUAACCUUGUCAAUCAUGACGAUCCGGCCGGGCACGGCACGGGCAACGGUACGGCCCCCGAGCCGGUCACCGAGGACGACCUGUUCCCGGAGGAGAUGGUCAAGCGGCGAACCUCCCGGCUGCAGUCGCUGCGCAGCAGCUUCCGCACCGACCGGGACCGGGAUCCGGAGCAGCCGCGGCAGCGCAAACCCUCGACGCGCUUCAACGUCGAGGGGGGCGAAUCGGACUCGAACGACGACGAGGAGGAUAAUCUGAUCGACGAGAAUCGAUACGCCCGUAGCUUCCGACACUUUACCCGGGAAGCGCUGCCACGGAUGGACAACUAUCGCAACAUUCUGUCGUUCCAGGGCAACCAGAGACCGACGCUGGACGAGCUGCACGACGCCUCCAUCACCAACAAGGAAACAAUGCGCCGCGGUACGGUGCACGAACCGGCCGAGCUGGACGGAUCCAUUAAGUUCGGCUGGAUUAAGGGCGUCCUGAUGCGCUGCCUGCUAAACAUCUGGGGCGUGAUGCUGUUCCUGCGACUGAGCUGGGUCGUCGGCCAGGCCGGUAUCGUGCAGGGCGUCGUGCUGAUCUGCAUGACCACCGUGGUGACGACGAUCACAGCCCUCUCGAUGUCUGCCAUCAGCACGAACGGUGUGAUCAAGGGCGGCGGCACGUACUACAUGAUAUCGCGCUCGCUCGGGCCCGAGUUUGGCGGCUCGAUCGGGCUAAUCUUCUCGCUGGCGAACGCGGUCGCCUGCGCGAUGUACGUGGUCGGGUUCUGCGAGUCCAUGAUCGAUCUGCUCGCCUCGUUCGGCGUGGCGAUCGUGGACGGGGCCGUGAACGAUGUGCGCAUCAUCGGCUGCAUCACGAUCGUGCUGCUGCUGUGCAUCGUCGUCGUCGGGAUGGAGUGGGAGGCGAAGGCCCAGAUCGUGCUGCUCAUCAUCCUGCUGGUGGCGAUCGUGGACUUUUGCGUCGGCUCGCUGUGGGGUCCAAAGUCGGAGCUGGACGUGGCGCGCGGCUUCGUCGGCUACAAUGCGACGGUACUGAUGGAGAACAUGCAAUCGGCGUACCGCGUGUCGAAGGGCACGCAGCACGAUUUCUUCUCCGUGUUUUCCAUCUUCUUCCCGGCCGCGACGGGCAUACUGGCGGGGGCGAACAUUAGCGGCGAUCUGAAGGACCCGUCGUCCUCCAUCCCGAAGGGCACGAUACUGGCGAUCGCGAUUACGUCCGCGUCGUACAUCGGCAUGGCGGUGGUGGCCGGCGCAACGGUGCUGCGCGACGCGACCGGCAACGUGACGGACGUCGUGAACGGGACGUGGGACUUUUCCGCGUGCGAGGAGACGAGCUGCGCGUACGGACUGCACAACUCGUUCCAGGUGAUGGAGCUGGUGUCGGUGUUUGGGCCGCUGAUCUAUGCCGGCUGCUUCGCGGCCACGCUGUCGUCCGCGCUGGCCAGCCUCGUGUCGGCGCCGAAGGUGUUCCAGGCGCUGUGCAAGGACAAGCUGUACCCGAAGAUCAGCUGGUUCGGCAAGGGCUUCGGCAAGAACAACGAGCCGGUGCGCGGGUACAUACUGACGUUCGUCAUCUCGGUGGCGGUGAUUCUGGUGGGCGAUCUGAACAUGAUCGCGCCGCUCAUCUCCAACUUCUUCCUGGCCGCUUACUGUCUGGUGAACUUCAGCACGUUCCAUGCCAGCUUGGCCAAACCGGUCGGCUGGCGGCCCACUUUUAAGUAUUAUAACAUGUGGCUGAGUCUGCUGGGUGCUAUUUUCUGUAUCGCGGUAAUGUUCCUGAUCUCCUGGCCCACGGCACUGAUCACCUUUGCGGCCGUGCUGUCACUGUACCUGAUCGUGUCGUACCGCAAGCCCGACGUUAACUGGGGCUCCACCACCCAAGCCCAAACGUACAAAAACGCACUCCUCUCGGUGCAGCAGCUGAACAAUGUGGAGGAGCACGUCAAGAACUACCGGCCCCAGAUACUGGUCCUGUGCGGGCAUCCAAGCUCCCGGCCACUGCUCGUCAACUUUGCCUACCUGCUCACCAAGAAGCUGUCCCUGCUCGUCUGUGGCCACGUGACCAAGACGCACGUGUCGCAGAAGUACCGCAACCAUCUGCAGAAGAAGGCGGCCGAGUGGUUCCGCCGGCACAAGGUGAAGGGUUUCUACUCGCUGAUCGACGAUAACGAUUUCGAGACCGGGUCGCGCGCCAUCAUGCAAGCGUCCGGCAUCGGCAAGCUGCGCCCGAACGUGCUGCUGAUGGGCUUCAAGGGCGACUGGGAUCGGUGCGAGCCGGCCGAGCUGGAGCAGUACUUUAACGUCGUGCACAAGGCGCUCGACAUGUACUUAUCGGUGGCGAUACUGCGCGUCGGCAAGGGCUUCGACUACUCGCAGGUGCUCGGCGAGGACACGGUCAAGUUCAUCUCGGAGUACCCGCGCACGCUGGUGGCGAACGACAGCACGAACGAUCUGCUCGCCCACAACAAGGUCAGCUCGCUGCACGGCAGCUGCGAUUCGCUCAGUCGCAACGUUUCGCAAGACCAAACUAAUGACGUUAACGAGAAGAAUGCGAAAAAUCUCAAGGCAAGCAGUACCAGCGAUCUGAGCAAAACCAUCUCCGUAGCACCAGACCCGAUCGAUAUCAAUGCCAAGCUGAUUACGGAAUCUGGCCAGCGGUCACUGAAACGGGGCGAUCCGUCCCUGCUGUACCGCGGACCGGGCGGCGCCGAACUGCCCACCGAGGUGCUGGACGAGCUGACGCAGUUCACCUCGAAAAAGAAGACGGGCAUCAUCGACGUGUACUGGCUGUACGAUGACGGUGGGCUGACGCUGCUGCUGCCGUACAUUAUCAGCACCCGGCGGAACUGGGCGUCGUGCAAGCUGCGCGUGUUCGCGCUCGCCAACCGCAAGACGGAGCUGGAGUUUGAGCAGCGCAACAUGGCGAGCCUGCUGGCCAAGUUCCGCAUCGACUACUCCGAUCUGCAGCUGCUGCCGGACGUCACCAAGAAGCCGAACCAGGAGAUGGCCGACUUUUUCAAGGGAUUAAUCAAAGAGUUUACGGCGAAGGAUGAUGCCGCGGAUGCUAGCACAGCGGGAACUUCGACCAUCUCGAAGGCGGAAUUGCUCGCGGUACAGGACAAGACGAACCGCCACCUGAACCUGCGCGAGUAUCUGCUCCAGCACUCCAGCAAGUCCGACCUGGUCGUGAUGACGCUGCCGAUGCCGCGCAAGGGUGUCGUCUCCGCUCCGCUCUACAUGGCGUGGCUGGAAGCGUUGAGCCGCGAUUUGCCCCCGUUCCUGUUUGUCCGCGGCAAUCAGACGUCCGUGCUGACGUUCUACUCUUAACCGCCGCGCGGGGAAACCACUUGACCGAUCCUUUCCUUCCCUCUCCCCAUCACCAUUUCAUUUUGCUUUUCGUCUAUUCACACGUUGUUUGUAGUUUUGUAAGAGUUUCUUCUAUUUGGCUUCUCAAUCUGAUGCCCCCAUCUGGCCAUGCCUUGAUUGAGACCUGUAUUUCAUAAUUAAUUUAUUGCUUCUAAGGGGAUAGUGGUGUGUGUGUGUAUUUGGCUCUUGUUAGCCUGUUCCCACAAGCUCAUCGACCACGUAACCCAAGAUGGUAACCAAGGUAACAGAAAAGCGCAUUAGCAAAAUCCAUUUCGAGCAGUCGCCCGGCGAGUACCGCGAACCCUUUUUUGAACAGGGGAAAGUUUUUCCCCCCAAACGGAACGGGAAACCCCUUUUCACCGAUCCGCACUAAUGGUGUGGCAUUGUGUAGCAGCAACCAUUCGGACCAUUCGGAUGGACGGGAUAGGUGAAAAGUCAGAGCAGUAGCGGUUAUUGGUUUAGAGGUGUAUUUGGUUUCAUCGGUUUCUAUUACAUUGCUACUUUUGCUCUCUCUCUUACCGACGAAGUCAUCCGGUUGACGCGUAACGUCCAUUACCACCGGGCAAAAGCUGCUGGUUGGCAUAACUUUUUCUCUAUUUUUACAUUCUCACUCUGCUGAACCUUCCUUCCCGAGACUGCUGAAGGUUUCCUUCUUCCUACUCUGAGCGGUGGAGGAAGAAAUAGAAGAAUAAGAAUGAAAUCUGGCUGCACCAGAGAGUAGAGGACGUCGCGGUUGAAAUUGCACCCGUCAAGAGCGGUCGUGGCAACGGAAGAGAGAGAAAGAGAGAGAGUCGGAUAUCCUUUUUUUUGUUGUUGCGCAUCUUUGUCACGCGUCAGAUGGCAAUUGUUGCGGAUUCAGGGGUGGAUUGGGUUUUGUGGGUUUAGAUGUUUUGAUUGUGCGAUUGUAUUUUCCUGUUAUCGCCCCCCCCCCCCCCCCCAUUGCUCUCUAUGCUGUCUUCCACACACCGGUCUGGGGGAGAAGGGCGCAUACGUGUGUGCUUGUGUCCGUCCGAGUGUGUGCUGUAGCAAUCCGAUUUGCCGGUUUGUUUCGCUCCCCUGUAGCACACUGUGUCCAAUGUCAAUGGCGGAAGCCACCAAACGGAGUGAAAAAUGCAUCUUUUAUUACAUUGCAUGCAUAGCGUAGUGAAGUGGUGGAGAAGCGAACGGCCAAUCCCUUGCGGAAAGCGGAUUGUAGCGAAAUAGUCAUGGAACAACAUGCAGGCCAUUCUCUCCCGUUCCUCACCUCCAUCAGCUCUCCCAGUGGUUUGCACUUGACCUUUUGCGAAGUGUCCGACCGGUCACCGGCUUAGGAAUGGGGACGACAUUCCACCCCACAAGCACGAAACUAUCCCCCCUCCCUCUGAAACACAUUCCAUACCGCAUAGACGCUUCUCAUCGCCGGCUUGCAGCAUCGCUGUCACGUUCAGAGACGAUUGGUGGAGAGGGGAGGGGGAGGGAACAGAACACGAGCGCCCGGGAGCAGUGCAUAUAAGUAUUAAUUUUCUCAACAUCCCUUUUGUGUGUGUGUGUGUGAAGAAGAUGGAAGUUGUUGUCCGUGCAGAUUUCAGCAAACAGAGGAAACUCUGGUCGCGCCGUGUGCAUGCUGGAUGCUGUUUUUUUUUUGUUUGUUUUGUUAUUUAUAGUAUUAUUAUUUCAUUUACGGCUAGAAUUAGGACUGCACUGUGCGAGAGGCGGGAGGACACUUUCCACUGAUGGAGUGACCGCGAGCUGGGGAUGGAAAGGAAAGAACAUGAGACAGCAGGGAGAGGGGAGGGGGGGGGUAAGUGGAUCAGCUUAAGCUCUUAGAUUAGCCCGCGAUGUCGGGAAGUGCCUUUAUUGUUUGUGUGCCGCUGUUCUGGACUGGUGUAAAAGGCGAAGUAGUAGUAGUUCGCUGGUGGCGAAGUGUACACAUUUUUACAUUGACAACACAAAUUGACAACACAAACACACUGAAAGUGAGAGGAUAGAGUAUUCGCUUAGAACAGUUGCAUAGAAUUCGUAUCGUAUCGUAUUGUGCUUGUAAAAGCUACCUUUGUUACAAUAAAAUUGAUUCCAGUAAAAAUGUUUA